AUGCUGGAGAACUUGUGCACCCUUCCACUGAGCGCCGAGCUCUUCACCCAGGCCAUCCACCCAAGGGAGCCUUUGCUUGCGGUAGGCUUGUCGACCGGCCAUGUCGAGUGUUUCCGCCUGCCAGCGUCGGACCGCAGCUCGGACGACGAUGCAUCAGCCGACGUGAGCGUACUGUCCGACGGUAAGGGAACCAUCGACACGACAUGGCGAACUCGCCGGCACAAGGGCAGCUGUCGGACCCUGGGAUUCAGUCUCGAUGGAACUGCUCUCUACUCGGCCGGCACCGACUCCCUGCUCAAGCAUUUCUCCCCCGUCACUGGCCAGGUCGCCUCGAAGAUUGCCCUCCCCGCCCAUAACAACAGCCCUGAUGCCCCGACCCUCCUCCAUGUCCUGUCACCCCAGACGCUGCUUGUCGGUUGCGAUUCAGGCGCACUGCACCUUGUCGACCUCCGCGACCAUGCCCUGGCCUCCCAGAAGCCACAACAGACUCACAUCCCCCACUCCGAUUUUCUAUCGUCCAUUGCGCCUCUCCCGCCCAGCGACGCAAGCACCAGCGGCUUCAGCAAGCAGUGGGUCAGCACCGGCGGCUCUACAUUGGCCGUCACCGACCUGCGCCGGGGCGUCCUGGUCCGCAGCGAUGACCAGGAAGACGAGCUCCUGAGCUCUGUCUUUGUGCCAGGCCUGGGGCCAAAGAAGAACCGGGAGAAUGGGGUAGUUGCCGUCGGAACCGCCACCGGCGUUCUCACCCUCUGGGACAAGGGUGCGUGGGACGACCAGACCGACCGCAUCAUCGUGGACCGUGGUGGCGAGAGCUUGGAUUGUAUUGUCAGAGUCCCUGAUACAGUGACAUCAGGCAAGAAGGUCGCCGUCGGUGUUGGCGAUGGUACUGUGAGGCUUGUGGAUCUGUUCAAACGCGAGGUUGAGGCGACAUUCAGCCAUGACGAAGUUGAGGCUGUGGUCGGACUAGGCUUUGACUGCCAGGGCCGCAUGAUCAGUGGCGGAGGAACCUCGGUCAAGGUCUGGGAAGAGAGCGUCGGCGCCAGCUACGGCGGUCAUGAUGAUGAUGAUGAUGAUGGGGAUGAAGACGAAAGCGACGACGACGAUAACGAUAGCGAGAGCGACGAUGCUAGCGGCAGUAACUCCGAUGCUCCCGACGUUGAGGCACCCACGAGUACCAAGCGUCAAGCCGAUAGCGAGGAGGACUCUGGGUCCGACAGCGACGCCGGCUCCAGGAAGCGCGGCAAGAAGAAGAGGAAGAGGGGAAAGGUUGCCGUCGAUCUCGGUCCUCACGGUGCUCACGGCGUUUUGAAGUUCAAAGGCCUGGACUAG